UCAUCACCGCUGCGCCGCUCUGGGGCGGAAGCGGCCGGUGCUGAGGGAGGCUCCGGUAGCGAGCGGGGCGCAGGGCGGUGCGGCCCAGCCGUACUGCCCGUGCCGGGGGAGGGGCGGGCCCGUCCUCUGUGGGACAGCCCGCACUGCCUCGCGCCGCGCAGGGGCAGGGGGAAGCACUGGGGCCCGCCCUGGAGCCGCAAACGGGGCGUGCCCUGAAGGGCGGCCGGGUGGGGCCCUGGCGGCCGCGGUAGCUGUGUUCAUGGCGCUGGGCAGGGUCGCCGUGUUGGCGUUUUCUCCCCUUGCCCGGCCCCCAGGCCGGUUUUCUGGCGGACCGCUUGUUGAAACUCUGAAGGACAGUGGGCAGAAACUAAGAGGUUUCGGUGACUUUUAGCCUUGGUCCUGCCGGCUCGUCAUGGGCUAUUUCGUUAACGAAGCGUUGCCUCCUGAACAGUCACUUCUUUGCAGCAAGCCGGCACUGUGCCCUCGGUGAGGUAACGUCAGCAAUGUCUGCUAGCAGUAGACCCGUCCCUUCCACCUCACAAGAGCUCUUGUUAUUCAAGCAGGCAAGUUCAAACGACAAGCUGAGAGGUCAUCGUCUCAAAAGACCUCAAGAACACAGGAGGCAGCUCCCCCUAAAGCUACUUAACUUUACUUGCAAAGUAAUCGCCAGUCUCUCCGUGAGAGAAAGGCUUUGAAUCAGCCUCUGCAGAGAAACUAUGUGAAGCAUUCAUUGAAGGAGGCUUGGCAAAUACCAAGGUGAAAGCUGAUUUAGCUGCCUUCACAACAGCAGUGUAUGGCCUCACAAGUCUUGGUCUAUCCACCAUAUGUUUAUCAAACCCAGCCAAGUGCCUUUUGUAGUGUGAAGAAACUCAAACUAGAACCAAGCAGUUGCGUGUACAACGAAAGAACCUACCCACAAAUCUAUGUGAAUGGUAAAAACUUUGGAAUUUCUCCCCACAGGGUUAGUACAUUCUUUCAGACUAAAAAUCCAUUUGACAAACCUCGAGGACAGAACUUUUUGUUGCCGUCAAAUGCUGUUGCUUUAACGAAUAUUGCAGGUGCUACGAAAGUGUUAGCGGCGUGGGCACAGCAAGCUCAGUUAGAGGCACCUCGGGCUGGGGCAGAUACCCUGGAAGGGCCCCAGCGAUGUGGACUGAAGCGUAAGAGCGAAGAGCUGGAUAAUCAAAACGGCACGAUGCAGAUUGUCGAUGAACUGUCCAUUCUGCCUGCAAUGUUGCAAACCAACGUGGGAAACCCGGUGACGGUCGUGACAACGGCUGCGACUUCAAAACCAAGUGGUACAAGCGGAGACGGAGAUUACCAGUUAGUACAGCAUGAGGUAUUGUGCUCUGUGAAAAACACUUACGAGGUUCUUGAUUUCCUUGGGCGAGGGACCUUUGGACAAGUCGUGAAAUGCUGGAAAAGGGGGUCAAAUGAGAUUGUGGCAAUCAAAAUCUUGAAGAAUCAUCCUUCGUAUGCACGCCAAGGACAAAUAGAAGUGAGCAUAUUAGCAAGACUAAGUACUGAAAAUGCUGAUGAGUUUAACUUUGUGAGAGCCUAUGAAUGCUUUCAGCAUCGUAACCAUACUUGUCUGGUUUUUGAGAUGUUGGAACAGAAUUUAUACGACUUCCUGAAACAAAACAAAUUCAGCCCUCUGCAACUGAAAGUAAUACGGCCUAUUCUGCAACAGGUGGCCACUGCACUGAAAAAACUAAAAAGUCUGGGUUUAAUCCAUGCUGACCUCAAACCAGAGAACAUUAUGUUGGUGGAUCCUGUUCGGCAGCCUUACCGAGUUAAAGUAAUAGACUUUGGGUCUGCCAGCCAUGUAUCAAAGACUAUUUGUUCGACCUAUUUACAAUCUCGGUAUUACAGAGCACCAGAGAUCAUACUGGGAUUGCCGUUUUGUGAAGCCAUAGACAUGUGGUCAUUAGGCUGUGUGAUUGCAGAGCUGUUUCUUGGAUGGCCACUGUACCCAGGAGCACUGGAAUAUGACCAGAUUCGUUACAUUUCACAGACUCAAGGUUUGCCGGGAGAGCAGUUGUUGAACAUGGGGACGAAAACCGCAAGAUUCUUCUGUAGAGAAACGGAUGCGCCAUAUUCUAGUUGGAGAUUAAAGACAUUGGAAGAGCACGAGGCAGAGACAGGUAUGAAGUCUAAAGAGGCCAGAAAGUAUAUUUUCAACAGUUUGGAUGAUAUAGUGCACGUGAACAUGGUGAUGGAUUUGGAGGGAAGUGACCUGUUGGCAGAGAAGGCAGAUAGGAGGGAGUUUGUCAGUCUGUUGAAGAAAAUGUUGCUUAUCGACGCCGAUUUAAGAAUCACUCCAGCUGAGACCCUGAACCAUUCUUUUGUUACCAUGAAGCACCUCCUUGAUUUUCCUCAUAGCAACCAAGUGAAGUCCUGUUUUCAUAUCAUGGAUAUUUGCAAAUGCAGAUCAAAUUUGUAUGACUUAAGUAAUCGCAAUAAAACAUCACUUAUGAGACCAGUUGCCUCAGGCAGUGCAGCUAACCUGACUGCGAGCUUUACCAAAAUUGGUCCAGUGAGGAGUCAGGCAUUAACUGCAUCUGCCCAUUCAGUUUUGCACCAAGGGAUACCGCUGCCUGCAGGGACUGCUCAGUUUGGUUGCAGUGAUGUUUUCCAACAGGCAUUGAUUAUAUGUCCUCCAACUAUUCAAGGAAUUCCUACAAACCAUAGUAAACCCGCCAGUUUCUCCCUGAGGGUGGAUAACGCAGUUCCGCUGGUGACGCAAGCCCAUGCAAUUCAGCCACUACAGAUUCGAGCAGGAAUCCUUUCUCAGCAGACUUGGUCGAAUCAGACCCAGCAAAUACUGGUUCCUGCAUGGCAGCAAGUAGCGCCGGUGGCAGCUCCUGCUACAUCUCUGGCCUCUGAUCCUGUGGCUGGCCCACAGAGGCUUGGAGACUGGGGGAAGAUGAUUACCCAGGGCACCCAUUACGGUUCAGUGAUACCACAGCCUCUUCUAACACAUCAGAUAACCUUGUCUGCCCCUCAGCCAAUUAGUGUGGGCAUUGCACAUGUCGUUUGGCCUCAGCCUGCAGCUACCAAGAGGAACAGACUGUGUCAGAACAGGAGCAAUGUGUUACAAAAUACCAAUGUCCAAAAUUCAGCCUUUAUAUCUCCAAAGAUACUUAACCUGAAGGCUGUAAAGAGAAUAAGUUGUAUAGAAGCACAGGACAAUCUUAACUCGGAAGGACAGGAAAGUAACUGUUGUGAAGCAUCAGUCAGGCUGGAUCCUGAUUCACCACUUGCAACCAAACAGCGCCAGGCUAUCUUCCUUGCCAGCUCCCCCAGCCCAGCAGUCAGCGUGAUCACCAUCAGCAGUGACACAGAUGACGAUGACAUAGGACGAACACAUUCACUGAGAGAGUGUAAAGGCAGCCUUGACUGCGAAGCCUGCCAGAACACCCUCAACAUUGACCGCGUGUGUUCUCUCAGCAGUCCUGACAGCACUCUGAGUACCAGCUCCUCCGAGCAGUCUAGUCCAUCUCCUUGCAAAAGAUCCAACAGUAUGUCAGAUGACGAACAGGAGAGUGGAUGUGAUACAGUAGAUGGUUCCCCAACUUCAGACUCUUCAGGACAUGACAGCCCGUUUGCGGAAAAUGGCUUCGUAGCUAAUACCAAUAAAAAUAAGGAAGCAAGAGCAUCUGUUAAGCCUGAAAGCAAAUCGGCUGUUUGUACGGUAGUGGUACCACCAAUGAGACUUGCAAACAGGUUACACCUUGAUGAACAGAUGGUGAAUACAGAUUCUACAUGCCAGCCACUAAAAAAGGGUCGGUCUGUCCUGGGAAGGAUAAACCAUUCUUCUAUUGUAGGAAACCGUCAGCAAAAACUGGCAUCAGCAUUCCAUCAGCAACAUGUAAACUUCAGUCAGGUUCAGCACUUUGGAUCUGGGCCGCAGGAGUGGAACGGGAACUACGCUCAUCGGAGGCAGCAGGCAUACAUCCCGGCCAGCGUCGCCGGCCACGCGUUCUCCCUUCCUCAGGGAAGCCCGAACCACGCUGCUGUGCACGCUCACCUCUCUGGAGGUCCCCACCUUGGAGGACAGCCUGCUCUUCUCCCGUACCCGUCGCCAGCACCCCUUAGUACUGCUGCACCCGUUGCCCACCUCCUUGCCUCGCCGUGUACCUCAAGACCCUUGUUACAACACCCAACGUACAACAUAACUCAUCCCAGUGGUAUAAUACACCAGGUUCCAGUUGGCAUAAAUCCCCGUCUCUUACCUUCCCCAACCAUUCAUCAGACUCAGUACAAACCAGUUUUCCCACCGCAUUCGUACAUUGCAGCAUCACCUGCUUACACAGGAUUUCCUCUGAGUCCAACAAAACUCAGCCAGUAUCCUUUUAUGUGAGAACUCAAAUACAAUCUGUUGAGGAAGCUCAAUGAUACGGAAGUUUGAUUUAAGAAGAAACAUGGUAUUUAUUAAAUAUUAGCCAUGGCACAACAGGAAAAUUAUUUUUUUUUUUGAAUCAUGUAGACUUGGGUGCAAUUUAAACAACUCUGAGCUUUAAAAAAACUCACUUUUAAUGUGUUUUGCACAUUUGGUAUAACUUGUCUUUGGUCAUGUUAUCUUCUUAUAUAGUAACUUUAGACAGGUGACUUAUGGGAGCAGAAACCUGGUUUUGCUCCUGCUAUUUUUUAUAAAAUUGCCUUCUAACUAGUGCAAGACACGUCUACAUUUGGGAAGCCAUUCAGUGUACAGAACCAGAGCAACAGAUGCACAUGUGUCAGCAGUACAGUGUAGAAGUAACUUGUUUGUAUCGCGUAUCUUGGUGUUUAAAUGUCGAGUCACUUAUCUAAGAGUUGAGCUGUUUUUCACAUUGCAUGUGUCUUUUGCAUGGGUGAAAAGAAAAAAAAAAAAAAGCCUAAACAUUGCUCUUAAAUGUUGUUGUCCUAAUAAUCUCAGCUGCAUUGUAAACUGUUCCCACACAUAGUGCCUUAAAUAUUUGAGGUUGUUAAUGUUAUUACUUACAUAUAAAUGUUGAGGACUGCAGCACUUAAAAAUUCAGAUCUGCUGAUUUUUUGGUAGCGUAAUGCUCAUUUUUUGGGUUUUGUGUGGUCUGAUUUUAGUAUUGGGUGUGUUUUCCUUACCGAGAAGGCAGCAUGUUUUGCUGUAGCUGAAUUUUGCUGUCUUUUCCCCCCCCACCCCAGAAUGAUCUAGCUUCAAGACAAGCCUUUAGUAGUGCUUAAGAAAAGUUGAUUCAGUAGCUAUUGAGUAGUGACACACAACACAGUAUUUCAUACUGGUAAAUGGAACUGCAAUACAGCCUAAGUAGUUUAUUUUACGAGUGUUUGUCUAAUUGGAUAUAAUAAAACAUUUAGAGGUGCGGUAGGCAUGACUGACUAGCUGAGGAAAGGAGAAGCCAAGUGCUCAUUGAUCCAUGAUGUGGUUUCAUCUUAGCUUGAGCAAACCAUGCAGUAUUUAAUAACUAGUAGCAGAAUAUUUACUAUUGAAGCUUGAAAAGAUGUGAGUUCUUUGUGUGCAAUCUUUCAUUUAUGCAUGGGAGAGAUUUUAGUCUUUUGACAUGAUGGUAUUUGUUUUAGCCUGCUGCGGGUGUUUGCUUAUUUAAUACAUUCCGUCAGGGACGUCACUUACAUGCUUUUUGCAUUACUUUUUUCCUUAGGAAGUGUGUCUUUUCGAGGUUUUUUUUUUUCCUUUUGUUUGUUUUGUUCAAAUGAAGUUGCUUUUGCAGCACCAAAGACUUAAUCAUCCAUUUCCUAUAAAAGGUAGCUACUUUUUCAUAGACCUCAAGUAUCCUGUAGUGUAGAGAUGGGAUUUACAGAAGGUAUUAAGCUGAGGCUGUGUUUUAGCUUAUGGGCAAGUAAUAAAUUGUAUCAUUUAUCUUGAAUGUAUCAUAGAUAAGCUGCUAUAUAAUGAUUGCCACUUCAGAUAGCUGUGAAAUUAGGUGAUUAACUAGUUCUUUCUUAGCCUUCUAAUUUCUGUACAAGUCUAAUUACAUGAAAUAGAAGCCGGGUUUUGGGUUUUGUUUUUUAUUUUUUUUGUUUUCAUGUUUGAAGUGUCGUAACUACUAUACUGUAAAUGAUGGAAGAUGAUUGCAUAUGUUUUUUUGGGGUGUGUUACUUGCAUCAGUAUUUUAUCUCCAUUAACUUUGAGCUCAUCACUGCAUAUAAGUGGAUGUAUUGAUGUAACUUAAUUUUUUUAUGUUUUCAUAUUGGCAUUGUGUAGACACUUCAGAAGCUGCAUCUUGCAGGCUUGACUUAACUUUUUUUUAAACAAAAUCUGGAAUACAAUCCUUGCAACGUUGACUGGAAUAAGAGUGCAAAGCAUUUGAGUUUAACUCUGUCAAUAAGCUAAUAACUGGUAAUCUUUUUCUUUACUCCACUAACGCAAGCAGUGUUUUAUUUAAUGAAUGUCUGAAUGAAAUAAAUGUGCCUACAUUUGAUUUAUUUUUUAAGUAAUAACUAAAAUACAACAGUAUUAGAUCAUAAAAAAAUAAUAAAAAUACCAGCAGGACAUUUUUAAUCACACUGAAAAUCAAGAAGCCUAACUUUUCCCAAAAGUUUCAGUGUUUUUAGUAAUCAACUCUAUGCAUUUUGUACUAGUGUGUGUAUAUAAAGUAUACAUUAGCAACUAGGAGUAUCCUGAUGAAUUUGAAAUCUUAUCAACACAUACAAAAAGCCUAAAUAUAGGGAGUCAAGAAAAUGCUCAAAUUGGAUAUCCACCUUACCACUUCAAACCUGUGCUGUAUGGUCCAGCAGAUAGUUUUCUGUUCACUCCCUUGUGUUGGGAAGCGAUGUGGCUUUGGUGCUCGCUCCAUUGCAGGCAGUGGACACACCAAGAAGCACCAAUGCAAAUGGAGUAAAUGAAUUUUGUAUUGUGAUUACAAAAAAAAAAAAAAAAAAAAAAAAAAGACUACAUGUUUUUUUCUGGGGCCAUGGGGAUUUUCACUGGUCUGAUGUAUUUACUGUACGUUCUUUUUACUAUGCUUAAGGUUUUAAGCUAACGCGCUUGUUAAAUUGACACAAUUAUCUGUAUAUCACAACAGAAUCCUAGCGUACGCAGGACAAAGUUGCUGUAAAUGUGCCCCAAAUUCCAUCUGCUGCUCUUCCGAGGUAUUGUCAUUUUAGAAAUGUCUGCAUUUCAAAGAAGGAACUAUUUGGGAUCCCAUCACAGCUUAAAUUCAGUGUAAGGGGUGACUUCCCUCACCCUGCAGUACACUCUGAGAGCACGGGCCCUUGUCAUUCUGCAAGGGUCCGGGGCCCGUCUGCAGAACAAAAAACUAAAGCAGCUUUCAGGGUGAGGGCCUUUUCUGUGGAAAAAAGCCAUCCUCUGGGAAGCGGUUCUACACCUUACCCUUCUAAUGCCUUUUUUAAAUAAAACACUGCAUGACUCCGGAAUCGCAUAUUACUUUAAUUUGCAAGAUUUUAUAUGAAUUUCUUGUGUUCGGUUUUUAACUUUACUUCAGGGUGUUUUAUUGGUCAGAUAUGCUACUGUAUUAACUUUUUUUUUUGUUUUGUUUUAAUUUUUAAAGUUUCUGUUUUUACUGCUAAUUAACUCGGUUUGUGUUAAGUAAAAGUUAAAUCACACACUGCAAGCUGUAGGAAGACUUGUUCUAGAAAUACCCAGUGCUAGAGACUUGAUUAAUAAGUUUGAACUGUUACUGUUUAACAAUUUGUAGACUUGUGGCUUUUUUUUUGCUUUGGGUUUCUAUGCUACACUAGUUUGCCAUGUAGCAAUUGCACUGUGCAAUAUUACAAUAUGAGGACUGGGAAAAUUUUUUAUGGAUGUAAUGUCUCUUACAGUUUGCGAUAGUAUUUCUUUCUAGUUCUCAGUGAUUUAAAUGUGACCAAGCCUUCUGUACUUUGUCACAAAAAGCGGGUUUUCCAGGUGACUAUUUUGGUGAGUGUCAAAAUAAGAAUUUAUGGUGUAUUACUGUCAAGAUUCACUUUGAAUUAAAAUAUAUAUUGCAGCAGA